AUGACCUCCUGUCCCUACCCACAACACCGCCAGCUGGGCGUGCUCAACCACCAGCGGCCUGAGGACGACGGAGGUACUCUUCCAUCUCUGCUGCACCAGUCAAAAGGAUUCUGUACGGGCCUGGGGCAGAUGAAGGAGACGCUGCGCAAAGUGGACUGCAUCGUUGAGGUGCACGAUGCCCGCAUCCCAUUCUCAGGCCGAAACCCAGCCUUCCACGAGGCCCUGGGAAUCAGACCUCACCUGCUUGUGCUGAACAAAAUGGACCUGGCUGAUCUGACUCACAAAGCGAGAAUUCUGGAGCGCUUGGAGCAGGAAGGGCUUAGAAACGUCCUCUUCACCAACUGCAUCAAAGAUGAAAAUGUCCAGAAGGUCGUCCCCCUCAUCACCGACCUGGUCAGCCACAGCCAGCGCUACCAGAGAGCUGAGAACAUAGAGUACUGCAUCCUGGUGAUCGGGGUGCCCAACGUGGGCAAAUCCUCCCUUAUCAACUCCAUGCGGCGGCUGCACCUCAGGAAGGGGGGGGCCUGGCGCCGGGCCCAGGGGGAGCGCGCCCCCUGCCUGCCUUCAGGUCACGUCUGUGGGGCUGGGGUGGAGGCCCAGCUCCCAGGCCAGCACAGGGGGCCUGCCCCCCCCCCGCCCUGCAUGGGUGGCUGGCACUCAGGUUUGCGCUGUCUCGCAGGGGCCAUCCGGGACCACCUGGUGGGCGAGGACGUCAUGGCUGACUACCUGCUGUACACCCUGAACAAGCAGCAGCUGUUCUGCUACGUGGAGCGCUACGGGCUGGGCGCGCCCAGCGACGACAUUGAGAGCGUGCUCAAGCAGGUGGCGCUGAAACUGGGCAAGACGCACAAAGUGAAGGUGCUCACAGGGACAGGUGACGCGCCUGACUACCCUGCGGCCGCCUACGAGUUCCUGCGCACCUUCCGCAAGGGCGAGCUGGGCCAGGUGCUGCUGGACUGAGCCCCGCCCCGCCCAGCCAGUGCAGGGCAGUCGGUGACCUGCUGGGGCUGCCUUGUCCCCUUAGUGCUGCCCCAGAGGGCUGAGAGCCCCUGCUGUUCCCCUCCCCUCUGUCCCAAGCACACGCAGUUCCGGGGUCCAUGCGACCUGGGCUGGGGGGCAGCCUGCACCUGGGGCUGUCUGGCUUCCCCGCCUGGGCCCCCAUCAUCCCUGGGGUGGG